UGUGAUGUGGUCGUGUCUGAGUUUGAGUUAAAUGGACAUUAACUGUUUAUUGGUUAGACAUAAAUUGUGUCCGAGCCAGUAUUGUGUCAAUUGUUAGAGAGUGAUUAUGGUAGGUGUGCUUUACAAUAACUGUGUAUUAGUUAGACAUAAAUUCAACAACCAAAAACUCUCUUUUUAAAUAUGAUGAAUUCACCCUUCCUCCUUUGCACAUUCCUUUUACUUUCUCUAUUUCCUUCUAGCUUUAAAACUCUCUUAUGGAUUCAUACGGCCAUACAUCAGGCUUUAUAAACCUUCUAAACAGUUAAAACCCUCAUCCGUCAACUAGUGUAGAUGAACUUGGAGCCUCCGAUGUCUCUGUCUUCGGUAGCGAAUGGGCCCAAGAUGCACACUUUGUUACUGACUGUAAAGAAAGGCGUAAGUGGACACCAACAGAAGAUCUUGUUCUCAUCAGUGCUUGGCUGAACACUUCCAAAGAUCCUGUAAUUGGUAAUGAGCAAAAGGCCAUAGCGUUUUGGAAGAGAAUUGCUUUUUAUUUUGCAUCAAGUCCCAAGCUUGUCGGUUUGUCAAAGAGAGAGCCUGAUAACUGUAAACAAAGGUGAGGGAAAAUUAAUGAGGGUGUGUGCAAGUUUGUAGGCUGCUAUGAAGCUGCAGUUAAACAAAAAUCCAGUGGCCAAAGUGAGGAUGAUGUUAUGAAGAUGGCACAUGCGAUUUUCUUCAAUGACCACAAGGUAAAAAUUCACACUUGAGCAUGCAUGGUUAGAGCUUCGCCAUGAUCAGAAAUGGUGUGGAGUUUCUAAAGAAAAUUUGAAGUCUAAAAGAAGAAAGAUUGAUGAUCAAUCUGCACAAUCAUCAACCAGUGUGCCUGUUGGGGAAGAAGAAGCAGUUGGUCGGCCAGCUGGUGUUAAAGCGGCAAAGGCGAAGAACAAACGCUCUGUGAGCAAGGAGGAAGGAGUAGUGGAUUUUCAGAAGAUGUGGGAGAUAAGAGAGAGAGACUAUGUUAUGAAAGACAAGCUUAACAAGCAAAAAAUACUUGAUAGCCUCAUUAAGAAGAUAGAGCCACUUACUGAGACUGAAAUUGCUUUGAAGAACAAGCUAAUUAAUGACAUGUUAGCAAGUUAGGUUGUGUUUAAUGACUAAGUUUGUUUCAGUUUAAUGUAUGAGUCUAAGUUUCAUUGUAAUAUCUAAGUUUUUUUCUGUUUCAGUUUAAUGUCUUAGUUUGUUUAUGUUUCAGUUUAAUGUAUGAGUCUGUUUCUGUUCAUUUUAAUGUCUGACUUUAUGAGUUGUAAUACAAGUUCAAGUUAAUCAAGUUGAAGUUUAAUGUCGUUUAUGAGUUUGAUUGAAGUUGAGUUUAUUUGUUUCUUUUUCAAUAUGAUUCACGUUUCUCAACUGUUUUUUGCAGGUAGCUUGUGAGUGUUGGCAGACCACAUGUGACAGAAGAAGACUAUAAGAAAGUGAAGAACAUGAAGAGAAAGUGAAGCUUUACAGCUUGUAAGUGGUGGCAGACAACAUGUGACAGAAGAGGACAACAAGAAAAAGAAGCUUUACAGCUUGUGAGAACAAGAAGAACACGGACAAGUUCUGUUUUUUUUUCUUUAUAAGCCAACAAGUGUAUUGUGUUUUGCUCUUACCAUUUAAACAAACCAUUUUUUUCUUUUUCUUUAUAAGCCAACGAAUGUAUUGCAUUUUCAUCUUACCAUUUCAACAAACCUUUUUUGUUUCUCUCUUUCUUUGUUUCCUUCUUUCUCUUUCAGAAAUAUUGGGUUUCCCUCUUACCAAAUUUUUUUUCUUUCUAAAUGGCUUCUUCUUCUUCUAAUGAGUUUGAAGAAAUGAUGGAUGAAAGAUUCGACCAAAUUUUCGAUCAAAAAUUCGAAAAUCUUUUCAAUCAUAAUGAAGAUCACCAACAAGCAUCACAUCAAAAAAAAAGAGACGAGCCUACAUUGAAAGACAACGAGAACAAGGACACAUGCAGUUAUGGAACGAUUAUUUCAGUGAAGAUGCAACAUAUCCUUCUCACAUGUUUUGACGCCGUUUUCGAAUGAACAAGUCCUUGUUCAUGCGUAUUGUUAACCGACUCUCCGCUGAAAUUCCAUACUUUCAACAAAGAAGAGAUGCUACUGGAAGGUUCGGUCACUCUCCGUUACAAAAGGCAACGACAGCAAUUCGUAUGAUGGCAUAUGGUUGCCCAGCUGAUGCGGUCGACGAGUACCUCCGACUUGGUGAGACCACCGCACUUUUUAUGUUUGGAACAUUUUGUUCAAGGAAUCAUAAAUUUAUUUGGAGAUGAGUAUCUACGAAGACCCACGCCAGAAGAUCUUCAACGACUACUUGAUAUUAAUUGGAGAGAUACGCGGAUUUCCCGGGAUGAUAGGAAGCAUUGGUUGUAUGCAUUGGGAGUGGAAGAAUUGUCCGACUGCAUGGAAAGGUCAAUAUACACGUGGAUCAGGAAAGCCAACCAUUGUUUUAGAAGCUGUAGCUUCACAAGGUCUCUGGAUAUGGCAUGCGUUUUUCGGACCUCCAGAUGAUAUUUAUCCAAAAUGGGCUACUUUUUUCCAAUCUAUUCCACUUCCGCAAGGUCCGAAAGCAUCCUUAUUCGCUACACAUCAAGAAGCUGUACGUAAAGAUGUCGAGCGUGCUUUUGGGGUCUUGCAAGCUCGAUUUGCCAUGGUAAAAAAUCCAGCUCUUUUGUGGGAUAAAAUAAAAAUUGGCAAGAUAAUGAGAGCAUGUAUCAUUCUACAUAAUAUGAUCGUAGAAGACGAACGAGAUGGGUUCACUCAGUUUGAUGUAUCAGUUUUCGCACAACCGGAAUCAAACCGUAGUUCACAAGUGGAUUUCACGUAUUCUACAGAUAUGCCUUCAAAUCUCGGCAAUAUGAUGAGCGUUCGGAAUCGAGUUCGUGAUAAAACAAUACAUCAACAAUUGAAAGCUGAUUUGGUUGAGCAUAUUUGGCAAAAAUUUGGAACAAAUCAAGAUUUCUACUAAUCGGCUUUUCUCGUUUUUGAUUUGUAUUUGUACCUUUCAUAUGUUUUAUGUAAUUUUUAUUAAUAAAUUUAUGUAUGCUUUUAUUUUAAA